AUGGGGAUACAAGAACGUCGGUGCGGCCUCCUUCGAAAAGCCGUGCUCCAUGCUCGGGGAAAGUGGCUGAAGGGCAAAGGCCUGAGCACGGAUUUUCGGUGUCGACAACAAGUUCUUGCGUGCGACUGUGCUGGCCUGGAUGCCCCGGUUGUAGCAGCUGGUUUGGUCGGUGUCGAUUUUCGCCAAGUGUUUGCGUCGGACAUCAAUCCGAGUGCCAUGGAAUGGCUACAGGCUCUGGGCCACGCCGAACGCCUUCACGGAGACAUUCUGGAAAGGCCUGUCUCGAUGCUGCCAGACGGUGUCGAUGGUUAUAUUGCGGGCUUCCCUUGCCAACCGUUCUCCCGGCAGAAUUGCCGCGCAGCAGGAUUCAAGGAUUCUCGGACAAGGGUUCUCAAUUGCUGCUUGCAGACGGCUCAGACCAUGAGGCCGCGGUUCAUCAUUUAUGAGAACGUGCUUGGUCUUCGCCCAUAUUUGGGACGCUUCCUGCAACUUGCUCGGAAGUAUGGCCUCUUGUCAUCCUACCAGAUGAUCAUGGUUCCGCUGUGUCCGCGCAAGUCCCUGAAUGAGCCUACUGCCCGUCCUCGACUCUACAUUCUGCUGGUGCGAAAGGAUGUGGCGUUGGUGUCGAAGUUUGAGGAUUUGCAAGACUUGGUGUCGACACUAUGCUCUGCAGCUAAAGACGGUAUGCCACCAGUGGGGCUGAAGCCGUUUUUGCAAGGCAACGUCGGCAGCAUCGCCCGAGCGAGGUGGGGGUCCAACUCCAAAUCUACUCCGAAAUGGGUGGCUGCUCACACAGCCAUGCGAAAAAAGGUGGGGCUGGGUCCUCCAGCUAUUGAGGGCGACAGUGACUUCACGGCCAGGGCCUUCAGCUCUCUGGAGUAUGCCGCCGCAGUUUGCGAGUUUCCAGCUUUGGUGGACGUAUCUCAAAGUUUGUACCGACUUCCCACAGCUCACGACCAGUGUCCUUGCAUGACGACGUCGUCGGACCUUGUUCUCUUGGAAACACCGGAGUCGCGCAGGCGGCUGCUGCCAAACGAGGUCUUGAGCCUGCAAGGCUUCCCUAUGGACACUUUGAAGCCUCCUGCAAGCCUGUCAGCCAGACAGCUUUGCUUCUUAGCUGGAAACACGAUGCAUGUCAGGGCGGUUGGCAUGGCUCUGCUCCUGUGUCUUGCCUUGAUCAAUUGGGGCCCUGCGAGCUCCAAGGAGGGGUCGACAGAAGAUGGAAAAGAGAUUGUCAUUAUGUUCAAGUGGACGAAUAAAAACAAACUGGUGCCAGAUUCUCAGAGCUACUCGCAGAACAGAAAGAAUAAGGCGGCGGCAGCAAGAAGGAAGCCUUCAAAGGAGAUGAAGAAGAAGCCGGCAGCAGCGGGAAUGAAGCGUCGACUAAGUCAGGUUUUUUCCCAGAAAGCGGGCAGCAGCAAGACCGGCGUCGCAGCAACGUCGGCCGCAAAGUCGGGCGCAAAGUCGGCAGCAAAGUCGGCCCCGGAGGAAGUCACCAACCAGCCGAAAGCCGGUCCCGCCAAGAAGGGCGCACGGCUCCUCCUGCAGCUACUGCUGCGCCUGCCCAGCGUCCUACCAUUCCUGACAGCGAAGAGGGUCAAUGACAACCUGCCAGCAAUGCUCUUCAAGCUGAAGCUGGCUACGGAGUCGACCACGGCAGUGAGGUACUCCGAGCCGUGGCGUCCGGAUAAUUGCUCUUUUGCACUCAAUCGACACAAGGUUUAUUCCGCAAGCGGAAACGUGUGCUGGAUCAACCCUUUGCACAAGCUGGCUAUUCCUCAGGACCUUCCUAGCUGGGGUCAAGUUUGCAAACUGAGUGCACGCUUUGCUCACAGCAAAGCCGACCUCAACAACGAGAUCCUGUGGCCCCUCACCGUCUACUGCCUCAUGUCCACGCCCCCGGACGUCGAUGCCUAUCCGAUGACCAUGUUUUGCAUCAGUGGUCAUGGCUUGGUUUUCGCUUGGUAUGUUGCCAUGUUCAAGGCCUUGGAGGCUGCAGACUUGGGAUACAUUCGCCAGCUCUGGCGCUGCGGCCUGAGCGCCUCGAUCACCCUCCACUGGACAAGCGUGCCACGGCAGAUUUUGAUGGUGGCUUUGUCGGCGUCUGAGAACUAUGGGAGCGCGGAAGACCUAGUGGAAACAUUCCCGGUGUUUGCCCAGCGCGUCGACGCCUUGCUUGCUGAGGGCGGCAAGUCGGCGUCGAAGUUGGAUGACCGAGUCGACUACUUGAACGAGAAGAAUGUCAAACACAGGGGCAACGUUUUCAACAAGGGCUUGCUCAAUGCCUGCAUAGCAAUGCGGAGAUUCUCACCAAAGGCCUUGGCCACUUUGCGCAAGAUCUCCCAUGAGCAUGGGAACGCGGUGUUGACGGACGGGUACGUCAAACUGGACGACCUUGUCACGGAAGCCAUUGAGUGGACCGUGGAGUCGGCCUACGUCGCUUUGUCGCGUGCGGACUGCAAGGUCGACUUCUUCAAAACGCAGCACCUGGAGUCCUCCAAGGACAAGUCUCAGGCUGGCUGGUUUGUGGUGACCUUGCAGAAGUUCAUGCUCGUUCACCAUCUCCUGACGCUACCGGCCAAGUUGGAACUUCCGCUGCUGUCCGAUGCGUUGGAAAUGGUGUCCACACCGUCGGCGUGGGACCUCAACUUCCCCAAGGUCGAGACGGAGGAUGCGGAGUCGGAGGAGACCAGCAAAGGGGGCCCUGAGGCCAUCGCCCGCCUGGCCAAGUUGACGGAGGAGCAGAAAAGCUUCUUCAGCUUUGUGAGAAGCAUCCUGGAGGGAGACUUCAACGAGGACAUGAACGGCGUCUGUGGCGGCAAGAACUUCAAGAUGGUCGACGAGAUUUACAAGGAGGCUACCCCACACAAGAAGUUGGAGGUUUUCACGGAGUUCAACACGGUGUUGAAAGGCCUGAGUGCCGUGAAGGUCCAUGCCGCGACGUCGGAGUCGAGCGCUCCUAGCUUGAGUGUGAAGUCCUUGGCCAGGUUGAAAGACGAGGAGUCCCAGGACGCCCAGAAGAUGGAGCGCCAGGCUAUUUGGGCCAAGGCCCAGGCGCAGCGGAGGAAGCUCGUGAACUUCGCUGUUGCGUCAGAUUUGGCAACGGCAAUGGACAAGCCUCAGGCGGAGUCGGUUCGGUCCAUGACUGGCAAACUGAAUGAAAGCCACAGGUUGUUUGUCAUGUCGCUCGACUUGGUGUCGGAGUCGAGUGCCACCCCGUGGAGCACGCCCAGUGCAGUCGACAAGGCUGAGGUGCAGAGACUCUACAAGUUCAUGGAGAAGCAUGCGACACGGGAGUCGGACUUCAUCCUUGCAUUCUGCGGCAGGUCGGCGUCGAACCGACGAAUCUUGGAGGACUCCCUCAACGUGCUCAAUUGCCCUUCGACCGUCACGGAGAUGUGGGUCGCAUACUAUGGCAAGGACGACGAGCGGCCCGGUCGAAAGGUGUUCGGGGGCGCGCCCCAUCGGGAGGUCGGGUUCUUGAAGGGCAUGGUGGCGCGUGUUCGACUCACGACGAAGGACGACUUUAUCCCCACAGAGCAGGGCGCGGGGAACCGCGACUUCUGGUCGGCCAUCCUCGAGUACACAUGCUGCAAGUCGGUGGUCGACUGCACGCCGGGGUCGGGCAUGCUAGCAACGCAGUGUCUCGAGGACAACAUUCCGUACUACGGGCUGGUCAAGGGCAGCACCCACUUGGCGUGGGUGUCGAACGUUCUCGAUUUGGCAGCCUUGAAGAUGAUAUUGUCGGAGUCAGAGCACCCGCUCUAUCAGCAAUCCUUGAAAGAGUGCAUUGAGCAGCAUUUUCAAGACGAGAUGAUGGACCGCACAUUCGAGCUCACAGAGGAUGAGUGCAAGGGCCUGCGCGGCGAAGACGACGCUAUAAAGGCGUAG